AUGAACAACCCCACUGCACAUGCCAAGACUCUUGUUAAAAAUGCCUUGGAUGAUCUUGAGGCGACUGGCGCUCUUCAAUCUUCAAAUCAGAUGGAUAUUGCAGGACUUCUGAAUCUGGCAGUCGAGACCACCAACAUUUUCAAUGCAACAGAUGAGGAUAUAUUUGAGUCUGUGAUGGAUGCGAAGAAGUUGCAGGAGAAGGCUGCUGGAGGCAAUGACAACAAUGAUGAUGUGGACAUUGACAUGGCUGCACCAGGCCCGACACAUCACAAAGCGCUACAGGCAGCCCUAACACUGAGGAAAUACCUUGGGACCUUCAAUGAACCAUUUGCCCACAAGCUCAAGGUGAUGUUAGGGUCGUUUGGACAGCAGACUCUUGCAGUUGAAAUGCAGGGCAUGAAAGACACAGUGUUGACUGAUUAUUUUUCUUGUAAAUAGCUUCAUAGUACCUACUAGAGCAAUACUAAUGUCAGCAAGCAUAAAUUUUGUGUCCUCAGAGCGGUGAAAUAUGGCUCUCUUGAAUACUCCAUACUCCCUAAUAAGCCAUACCUCCGGGGCUAUCCCGAGAGG